AAAACAUAUAUCUAGAACACCGCUGGUAAAUCAGAAAUAGAUGCCGCGCUAUCCUAGCCGAGUGGCACGGAUGAAUCGCCACCAGCAACGACUCACGCCAACUCGUAUUCAAAACGAAGUGCAAAAUGAGGAAAGACGCCGUGCAUUCGAGUCCAUCACCGCUAAAAUGCCUGUUCUCAGAGAUACCUGUGGUGUACCGUUUGUCCCCUUGAACACGCGGUCCUCACUUUUGGAAGAGGCCCAGGCCGGGGACGAUAACGACGUCAACAAUACAUCAUUGACACAUCUAGAGGAGCAUUUUCAACUUGCACUACAAAACAUAGAUACACUGUUUUAUCAUGAAUCAAUCCGUAUCAUUCGUUCGAGUACCAAUUACAUGAGUGCCGCACCCGGAGCAGCAUCAGGUUGGAAACCAACUUCAGCUGACCUGGAACACACCUGGGCUACUAUGCUAGGGACCGACUUAGCAUCCCAGGAGGAUAAACAGUUCCUCUCAGGCCCUCUCUUAUCAGCAGCUCCAGAAGGCAUGGCGGAGGAAUGGCUGCUCAAAAACCUGCUUACCCUUGUACAAGGAUACAUCAGCGAGCGCCGUGGGUAUUCGUUACUGGUCGAGGGACGCCGAGCUGAACUUAAGAGCAAGAUCAAGAACGGCGUCAAUGGGAAUGAAUAG